AUGAAAAUUGAAAACCACCAUGCUGCAGAAGAAGAAAAGAGAAGCGAUAGAUCAGUUAAGGUGUUGCUAUCUGGUAUGUUCACAAGGAAGAAGAAGAAGAGAGCAUCAUCGCCACCACCAAAUGAAGAUAUGAGAGGAGAGAAAACCAAUAAGAAUAUGCAUAUGUCUCUCUCUGAGAUGAUGAGGAAACUGAAACAUUCUUUCAAAAAGGAGAAACCGCAACAUGACAAUAAGAGGUUACUAUUACUGCAGGGGAAGAAUGAGAAGGGAAAUAGUUUAUCAACGUUCACAACUAAAGAUCAUUUCUUUCUUGAGCGGAUGACUUCAAUAUCUCAGAAGAGGUUAGAACAAGAACACCAUGUCGUCAAGAAGAAACAUGAUCUGUCUUCUAAGAAUACUGGAGAUUCCUCCGAUCAAAACUUGGGAACGAGUGAAGAAUAUACACGAGGAAAUAUUGUAUCGCUGCUUUCAGGGUAUUCAUCUCCUUUUAGGAGCCCUGGAAAAAUAUGGGACCAGAAUUCAACUCUGCUUUCCAGAUCUGUCUCAGUCUCAGACAAGUUUAUGAAGUCUGAACCAUUGGGGGACCAGAAGAAUACAACUCUGCUUUCCAGAUCUGUUUCAGACAAGUUUAUGAAGUCUGCACCAUUGGCAGAGAUAGAAGAAAGUGAUUCGUUAAGCCAAGAUAGUAGCAGCCCUUCCGUGUCCAAUAGCAGUCACAACUUCGUCACCUUUGAGAUAUCACAACUUGAAGCUUCUCAUGUAGAGAAAGAUCAUGAGAGCUCCCAUGAAGAGAGCUUACCACAACCAUCUCUUAUCUCUGCGGACUCACCAUCUCACUAUAUAUCUAGAACCGACGAAUAUGAAUUAGUUCUUGAGCCACACUUCAUUCAAUAUGAAAUUAGUCCAGCAAGAGGUGAAGCAAAGAGAGAGACUCUGUGUAACCAAUUUGAAGGAAAAGAUGAUCCAAUGGAUGAAAAAGAAAGAGUGUUUAAGUACGUUAAAGCGGUGUUGGAUGCAAUAGACUCAUGCUGGGAAGAUAUGUACCUGAAAACAGGAUUCUCCGACCAGAUUCUAAACCCGGCUUUGUUCAGCAACAUACCAUUCUAUCCAAGUCAGCUUUGUAGUGCUGCUGCUGCUAACCAUAACCAUGAGCUCCUCUUUGACUCCAUCAAUGAACUCAUCUUCGAGUUAUGCAGGUUUCCUCAGUGGGUUUCCUUUGUUAAACCAAGAACCCAAGUCUUGUCAUUCAGUGAGGAGAGUGUUGUUGACGAGGUUCAGAAAGAGGUGUAUUGUCGUCUCUCCCCGAAGCAAUUUGCAGAAUCGGUGGACGAAAUCAUGAGAGAAGACAUGGAUAAGCGCGGGAACUGGUGGUUAGACGUAAGAUGUGAGGUUGAGUGCGUUGGCUUUGAGACUAGUGAACUGAUUCUAAAUGAAUUACUGGAACAACUUGUGCUUGACUUUGUGAAGAUAGAUAGAUAGAUAGAUGAAGUCAUCCCCCUCUGUACUAGCUAGCAAUCACUUUGGAGAGAUGAGUAGGUGAAUGUCUCA